CAUUAGAAAAGCAUUGCCUCAUGAACAUUUUGAAAUACAAAAAUAAAAAGUGCUCCAACAGCUGUCGUUUGACAUUUUGACAAUUGGCUAAAUUACUGUUUUGUAGAAAAUUACGUAAAAUUAGCAGCAGUCGAAAUGGCUCUGUCCAAGACCGGUUACUAUGAUAAACCCGAGGGUAAAGAUUUGUUUGGCAAAAUGAUGGCUACCAACACGAUGGCAGCCACAGCCGGCUUGGCUUGGUCCACCGUCGAUGUGUUGAUGUUGUCUCAUCCCAAGGGUUACUUGCCAACAUUGGCACGUUUCGCCUAUAACACUGGACCAAUGAUGGGCAUUGCCUCAGCAUUCACAUUGGCCACAUAUUUGUCCACAAAUGUCCGUGGCAAGGAUGACAGAUGGAACUACUUUGUUGGUGGUUUUGCUGCCGGUGGUGUCUUUGGUGCCUGGAGACGUAGCCAUGUUGCUGGUCUUGUAAUGGGUCUUUUCUUCGGUAUUGCCGGUGUGGUUAAGAAGACCUCCAUCAUUGAAGGUUGGGAAUUUUUCCCACCUCUCAACCAUCAUGCCCAUAUGGGUGUUAGACAAAUCGAUAAUUCUUUAAUGGCUGAUCCCACUAAGGUCAAUAAAAAUUAAAAGCAACAAAUCUGUGUUUUUAGUCAAUAGUCAAUAAUAAAAGAAAAAGCAAAUAAUAAAAGAAAAAAUAAUUCGCUUCAAAUGUUUUGUUAAGAAGCGAAAAGAAAUCGAUGUGAAAAUAUGAUGUAAAAUAAAGUUGUUUAUGAAUGGAGCCAAAAGAUCCUUGGAGAAAUGCGAUUGAUCAUAGUUUUGAGCAUUUCGCUUUGGCAGAGAAUUAACGAUGGAUUAAAUAGAAA